UAGCUGCGCUUUGCAAUCAGCCCAAUUGCAUUAAAAAUUUCCUUUUUACCGUUGUUAAUCAAUUCGCCAAAAUAGCUAAAUCCAUUUUACAAUUUCUAAAAAAGAAAAAAUCCCAUCAUAGUUCAGGGACGGCAAGCGGCAGCGGCAGCGGAUCAGAGGGCAAGCUACAGCAGCAGAACAGCAACGAGGAGGAAGGCGGUGGUGCAGGUGGAGGACAGCAGGAAGCAGCCGCCGCUAGCCACAAAAUAACGCCGCCGACCACAGCCACAUCAGCAUCAUCUGCAGCAGGAGCAGCAGGAGCAGGAACAGGAGCAGGAGCAACAGCAUCAAGAACAUCAGCGUCAGGUGUUGAUUCAGGAGUAGGAGCCGGAGCCGGUAUAGCCAAAGCGAAAGACACAGCUGCUGCCUCUGGUGAGGAGCCGCCGCUGGCGAACAAUCCAGGCAACAGCAACAGCUCAAACCAGGCCCAGGUCUCGGCCAGCGCCACGUUUCGUUUGUCCUCGCUGACGGGCACCAUCUCGAAAAUGGGCAACAACGCGACCACAUCCAACAAGAAGGUGGAUGCCGCCGAGACGGUGAAGGAGUUUCUCGAACAGGCCAAGGAGGAGUUCGAGGAUAAAUGGCGUCGCAAUCCAACCAAUACGGCGGCGCUCGAUGAUUUCGAGCGGAUCAAGACACUGGGCACCGGCUCCUUUGGCCGCGUCAUGAUCGUCCAGCACAAGCCAACAAAAGACUAUUAUGCCAUGAAGAUAUUGGACAAGCAGAAGGUGGUCAAGCUGAAGCAGGUGGAGCAUACGCUCAAUGAGAAGCGCAUCCUGCAGGCGAUACAGUUCCCAUUCUUGGUCUCGCUCCGCUAUCACUUCAAGGACAACUCCAAUCUCUAUAUGGUGCUGGAGUAUGUGCCCGGCGGCGAGAUGUUCUCCCAUCUGCGCAAAGUCGGAAGAUUCUCGGAGCCCCACUCCCGUUUCUAUGCGGCACAGAUUGUGCUCGCCUUUGAGUAUUUGCAUUAUCUGGACCUCAUCUAUCGCGAUCUGAAGCCGGAGAAUCUAUUGAUUGAUUCGCAGGGUUAUUUGAAGGUCACCGAUUUCGGUUUCGCCAAACGUGUAAAGGGUCGCACCUGGACGCUGUGCGGCACACCCGAAUAUCUGGCACCCGAAAUUAUCUUGUCCAAGGGCUACAACAAGGCCGUCGAUUGGUGGGCGUUGGGCGUGCUGGUCUAUGAAAUGGCCGCCGGCUAUCCGCCGUUCUUUGCGGACCAACCCAUACAGAUCUACGAGAAGAUCGUCUCCGGCAAGGUGCGUUUCCCCUCGCACUUCGGCUCCGAUCUGAAGGAUCUGUUGCGCAACUUGUUGCAAGUGGAUCUGACCAAACGCUAUGGCAAUCUGAAAGCGGGCGUCAAUGAUAUUAAGAAUCAGAAAUGGUUCGCCUCCACGGACUGGAUAGCGAUCUUCCAAAAGAAAAUCGAAGCGCCGUUCAUACCGCGGUGUAAAGGGCCCGGAGACACAAGCAAUUUCGAUGAUUACGAAGAGGAGGCGUUGCGAAUUUCCAGCACCGAGAAGUGCGCCAAGGAGUUUGCCGAAUUCUAGAAGAAGAUGCACAAACAACAAUUCGCAUUCAAUUCACCAUUGUCGCUACCAUCGUCGUUGUUGUCGUCGUCGUCGUCUCGUCUAUAUGUCUACAACUUACUACAACUACAACUACAACAACUACUACUAUUACUAGUGCUACAACUACAACUGCAGCAACUACAGCAACUUUUACAUCUACUUGGGUCUAGCUGGUCAUAUACUUAUCAUACAACACAAACGCAAUGCUGAACAUCAACACAAUUCACAUAGACACGCUCACUCAUACACACACACACACAACAACAGAAACCCCAAUUGGAUUUUUCAUACCCAGUCGGAACAAACAACAAAUAACAUGCGUACACGAAAUAUGUCAGCAGCGUUUACCCUAAAUGGAACUUAGACUCUCCCUCCCCAAACUGGUCAACGUACUACCGAGGCCAGAACACAAACACAAACAAUUUAUU